AUGACUCCAACCAACGGUCGAAGGCCGUCCCUGCCAAGCAAGUACUCCAAAACAACAGGGGCCUCUCCAGAGGAGAAGGGCUCAUCAGCCCCGCCUGAUGAGGAAAUCCUCGCUAUGCAGCAACAGCAUAUCGCAAUGCGCAUGAGGCACAGCAUCGAUGGAGCCCCUCGGGUCCGAAUCCCACCCUGUCAGUGCGUUGAGAAAAUGACACUGGAAGGCCUCGAAUGUGUGGGAGUCAUUCAUGAGAACCCCUACAGCGGAAGAAAGGUGGCCCUGAUGCGUAAUAGGAAUGCUCAAUGUAGUCGCCAUGAGAGGGUUAUAGCCAAGAUCUGGCCCAACACCCAUCUCGAUGCGACUCGCCAGGCCUUAGGAACUCGUGACGUUGAAAGUCGUAUGAAAAAGCUGGUUCGUCCAUUGAAGACGUUCACUUGCCAGCCUGGGUCCGAGCCAGUGUUGGUUAGCACUGGGUGUCAGUCUGGUGCCACUUACUUUGUGAGGGAAUACUGUAACUAUGGCGAUCUCAGCCAGUAUGUUACUCGCUGCCAAGACAUGUAUCAAAUUGAGGGAAGCUGUCUGGGCCUCAGAUGGUAUCAUUCAGCCAAGGAUGCUGUGAGACAGGCCAUUGAAUGCAGCAAGUGUGUUCACGAUGCAGGUUACGCUUUGCUGGACGUCGACAUGAGCCAGUUUGGUGUUAUGGACUUCCGAGGCUACGGCUCUGGUCUGGAACUUGAUGGUCCACAACCGAUCCAGGUUAAGAUCAUCGAUGCUGGGCAAGCAACAGCUCUCUCGACCAACUCUGGAUCUACCAUUGGGAAACCCUCCACGCGAUGUCCCGAGGCUCAACGUGCCGCUGUCCAGGCUGAGAGAGGCAUUCCACCAGGAGAGAGAGUACCGCAACUCCGUCAACUUAUCUACAAAUGA